AGGGCGGCUCUGAGGAGACCUCGGCGGCGGCGGAGGAGGAGAGAAGCGCAUCGCCGCGCCGCGCCGGGGCCCAUGUGGGGAGGAGUCGGAGUCGCUGUUGCCGCCGCCGCCGUCGCCGCCGCCGCCUGUAACUGCUGGAUCCGAGUGGGAGUGAGGGGGAGACGGCAGGAUGAAGUUCGCCGAGCACCUCUCCGCGCACAUCACUCCCGAGUGGAGGAAGCAAUACAUCCAGUAUGAGGCUUUUAAGGAUAUGCUGUACUCAGCUCAGGACCAGGCACCUUCUGUGGAAGUUACAGAUGAGGACACAGUAAAGAGGUAUUUUGCCAAGUUUGAAGAAAAAUUUUUCCAAACCUGUGAAAAAGAACUUGCCAAAAUCAACACAUUUUAUUCAGAAAAGCUCGCAGAGGCUCAGCGCAGGUUUGCUACACUUCAGAAUGAACUUCAGUCAUCACUGGAUGCACAGAAAGAAAGCACUGGUGUUACUACACUGCGACAACGCAGAAAGCCAGUCUUCCACCUGUCCCAUGAGGAACGUGUCCAACAUAGGAAUCUUAAAGACCUUAAACUGGCCUUCAGUGAGUUCUACCUCAGUCUUAUCCUGCUGCAGAACUAUCAGAAUCUGAAUUUUACAGGGUUCCGAAAAAUCCUUAAAAAGCAUGACAAGAUCCUGGAAACAUCUCGUGGAGCAGAUUGGCGAGUGGCUCAUGUAGAAGUAGCCCCAUUUUAUACAUGCAAGAAAAUCAACCAGCUCAUCUCUGAAACUGAGGCUGUAGUGACCAAUGAACUUGAAGAUGGUGACAGACAAAAAGCUAUGAAACGUUUACGUGUUCCCCCUUUGGGAGCUGCUCAGCCUGCACCAGCAUGGACUACUUUUAGAGUUGGCCUAUUUUGUGGAAUAUUCAUUGUACUGAAUAUUACCCUUGUGCUUGCCGCUGUAUUUAAACUUGAAACAGAUAGAAGUAUUUGGCCCUUGAUAAGAAUCUAUCGCGGUGGCUUUCUUCUGAUUGAAUUCCUUUUUCUACUGGGCAUCAACACGUAUGGUUGGAGACAGGCUGGAGUAAAUCAUGUGCUCAUCUUUGAACUUAAUCCGAGAAGCAAUUUGUCUCAUCAGCAUCUCUUUGAGAUUGCUGGAUUCCUCGGGAUAUUGUGGUGCCUGAGCCUUCUGGCAUGCUUCUUUGCUCCAGUUAGUGUCAUCCCCACAUAUGUGUACCCACUUGUCCUUUAUGGGUUUAUGGUUUUCUUUCUCAUCAACCCCACCAAAACUUUCUAUUAUAAAUCCCGGUUUUGGCUGCUUAAACUGCUGUUUCGAGUAUUUACAGCCCCCUUCCAUAAGGUAGGCUUUGCUGAUUUCUGGCUGGCCGAUCAGCUGAACAGCCUGUCAGUGAUACUGAUGGACCUGGAAUAUAUGAUCUGCUUCUACAGUUUUGAGCUCAAAUGGGAUGAAAGUGGGGGCCUGUUGCCAAAUGAUUCAGAAGAACCAGAAAUUUGCCACAAAUACUCAUAUGGUGUGCGGGCUAUUGUUCAGUGCAUUCCUGCUUGGCUUCGCUUUAUCCAGUGCCUGCGCCGAUACCGAGACACCAAAAGGGCCUUUCCUCAUUUAGUUAAUGCUGGGAAAUACUCCACGACUUUCUUCAUGGUGACGUUUGCAGCCCUUUACAGCACUCACAAAGAACGAGGUCACUCAGACACCAUAGUGUUCUUUUACCUGUGGAUCGUCUUUUGUAUCAUCAGUUCCUGUUACACCCUCAUCUGGGAUCUGAAGAUGGACUGGGGUCUUUUUGAUAAGAAUGCAGGAGAAAACACUUUCCUCCGGGAAGAGAUUGUAUACCCCCAAAAAGCCUAUUAUUACUGUGCCAUCAUAGAGGAUGUGAUCCUGCGCUUUGCUUGGACUAUCCAAAUCUCAAUUACCUCCAUGACUUUGUUGCCUCAUUCUGGGGACAUCAUUGCUACUGUCUUGGCUCCCCUUGAGGUUUUCCGGCGAUUUGUGUGGAACUUCUUCCGCCUGGAGAAUGAACAUCUGAAUAACUGUGGUGAAUUCCGUGCUGUGAGGGACAUCUCUGUGGCCCCUCUGAAUGCAGAUGAUCAGACGCUUCUAGAGCAGAUGAUGGACCAGGAAGACGGGGUACGAAACCGCCAGAAGAAUCGGCCAUGGAAGUACAGCCAGAGCAUAUCCCUGCGCCGGCCUCACCUCGCUUCUCAAUCCAAGGCUCGUGACACUAAGGUAUUGAUAGAAGACACAGAUGAUGAAGCUAACACUUGAAUCCUCUGAAGUCUAGAUUAACAUCCUUGGUUUUCCUACUCUACAGUUCUUUCCUCGACCAACGCAACCUCUAGUACCUUUCCAGCCGAAAACAGGAGAAGACAUAUAACACAUUUUCCGAGCUCUUCCAGAUCGGAUCCUAUGGACUCCAAACAAGCUCACUGUGUUUCUUUUCUUUUCUUCUGGUUUAAUUUUCAUUUUCUACUUUUAAAACAAAUAUUUACUUCAUUUUGCCAAUCAGAGGACAUUUUAAGGAACAAAAACAUAGUAUCUUAUGGAUUGUUUACAAUCACAAGGACACAGAUACCUGUCAGGAUGAAGAACAAGCAUUGCAAGGACCCUCUGAUGGGACGGUACCGAGAUAUCUCGGCUUCCGCUUGGCCCGGUUUUGACUGGUUGAAACCGGACAUUGGUUUUUAAAUUUUUUGUCUGUUUAUGUGGAGAAUUUUUUCCUUUCCUUCAUACCCAGCGCAAAAGCACUGGCUGCACUUGCAGGGAAAGUGCAACUUAGAGCAGUACCUUCAUUCACGAAGCUACUUUUUAAUUUGAUGUAACUUUUCUUAUUUUGGGGAGGGUUGCUGGGUGGGUGGGAAAUAUGAUGUAUUUGUUACAUAUGGUUUUCUCAUUAUUUAUGAAACUUAACCAUAAAAGAAUGAUAUAACUCCUGUACAGUGAAGGUGAUAACAGUGAAAGAAGACAGGGGAAACUAAUGUUGGACAGCAUUUAUGAGGGUUUAGUCCACAAUACCUCUUUCAUGAGACAACUUGCACCAGUUUGACUUUUUCUUUCCUUUCUUUUUAAUUUUAAGCCAAAGUUUUAUUACUGAUUUUUUAAGUUGCUGCUGCUUUAGAAUCCUGAGCAUGUCUCUCAUAGCAAAGCAUCCACACACUUCCAAACAACCAGUUGAAAUUUCUUUAAGAGCUCUGAUACUUUUUUCUUUAAAGGAACAGAUGUGGAAUACAUUUGCCCAUAUUCCAACCAUAACAACUGAAGUUAUGCCUUAUUAAGCUUCAGCAUGUAGGGUAAUUGAAGUACAGCCUUUACUAACUCAGAAUUAGAAGACAGAGCUAUUUCAGAGACUCUCUACACCCUCAUUGGAUAGUUUUUCUUCUGGGCCCUCUUACUUUAGCCAGAAUUUGAUCAAAUUAAAAGUCUGUCUUGGGGAAACCAUGCUUUUGAGAGCAUAGAGCAAAUUAUCCUUCCUCUUUUACGUUACAGUGAUAAAAUAGACCUUGGCAGCCAUUUCUCCCAGCAGUUUUAAAGGAUGAACAUUGGAUUUCAUGCCCCUCCUAUGAUAGAAAAACUGCUUUUAAAAUUUGGGGGGCUUAAACUUCGUUAUACACAAAAAGUAUUUCUUAGAAAUUUCAGACUAUCAUGGUCUGUACAUAAUGCUCAUUUUCACUUCUUUGUGUAAUUUCUUUCCUAUUUCCUAAGUCAUCCAGAUAAGCCCAAAAGCCAUAAGGGAUUUUACUUUCUUGAAUGUGGUUGGCAUUAAAUUUAGUAUUAUCACUUACUUAGUAUUAAAAACAUAUCGUGGGCUUCCCUGGUGGCGCAGUGGUUGAGAGUCCGCCUGCCGAUGCAGGGGACACAGGUUCGUGCCCCGGUCCAGGAAGAUCCCACAUGCCGCGGAGCGGCUAGACCCGUGAGCCAUGGCCACUGAGCCUGCGCGUUCGUACUACCCCUUAGUAUACCCUUUUGUCAGCAGCUCUUCUCCCAUGUAUCACAAGUCUCUACUCAUCCCUGUCGUAAUUCCAGUAGAUUAAUUAAAGUUCCUGUUACUACCAAAAUUCUGCCAAUUAACUGACAAAUAGUUUCUUUUUAAAGGAGGGUUUUUUUUUCAUCUUUAUUCUGACAAGUUCCCAAAAUCUGUUCCCUUCCUGAAUUGAGAUUUUUUUUUUUCUGAAAAAUCAUAAAACUUUGUGGCCUUUAUCGCUUUUUUGUUUUGCCAAGCAUGUUCCUUGGCCCAAAACUGAAGAAGAUAAGUUUAAAUUUGGGGUGUUUUUUUUUUAGUUUAAAUAAAUUGAAUCAUUUAUAAUAAUCAGUGGUAACAAUUUAGUGACCCUUAAUAGUUUAAAGGUUGCAUUAUUUAUACUUGGGAUUUUUUUCUAACUAUUCUGGUUUUGUACUUUAAAACUAUGGGGGAAAUAUCACUGGUCUGUCAAAAAGUAGCAGUAAUUAUUCCUGAAUUACAUAGAUCAGUCCAGUGGACCAGUCAUUUCCUGUACAAAUAAAAUUGGUGGUACUAAUGUGUAUCCAGAGCAAUUUGAGUUGUCAACUUCGUUCUUAUUAGUAAACCUAUAUAGUGACACACAUAAAAUCUUACAGUUGACUUCUGGUAUUUGAAUUCUCCAGUGUUUUUACUUCAGUGUAUCCUGUGACCAAUUUGGUCUUUCUUCAGCUAUUAUGAUUCUAGGCCCUCAUCAGUAUUAUUUUUUCAUAGGUAAUACAAUGUUAGAAUGUAUUCUUUUUCUGAUGUUCAUCCUAUCAGCAUAGUCUAUUCAAGAAUGAUAAGGCUUAUGUAACUUUCAGCUUACUAUGACAGUUACUCAAAUAUGUAUUUAAACACAACAGCUUUAUGUUCCUCCUAAAGCUGUAAAGAGAAAAGAGGGCUUUUCCUCAUCAAGAGAAAAUGGUUUGGGAGACAGAAUAUAUAUUUAAUUUUUUUCCUCCAAAAAAGGCAUUGUGCAUUUUUCUAUCCUAAGUUCUUUAUGCCCUAGCCGUUGUGAAUGCUGUAUCCUACCUAAAAUUUUAUUGGAGCUUCUUGUACUCUGAAACUCUCAAUAGAACUCUUAGGAAAUGAGUAUCACAGAGUCAUUUUAAAGGAGCAGCAAUCUAACCAAAGGUAAAACUUCAUCUGAUUUUAGGUUUAGAAAUUCUAGUUUUAUUUUAUUUGAGAAUCACUCAAUUUGAUAUCAGUUAAAAUACUCCCCAAAUGAAUGAAGAGGAAGUAUAAAAAAAGAGUAGAAUUCCUUUUUCAUUUUAUGAAAGAAAGUAUGGAAAGCAUUGAUUUGUGUAGAGAAAGUAAAAGACAAAAGUGGCUGAUUUUCUACGCACAAAUAUGCACCUAUUAUUAAGGCUGCCUAUACUAUUAAAAUGGAGUGAUUGAGGAGGAUUUCGUACCAAUACAGAGAGACAAUAAAAUGAUCAAACAUUAAGUCAUCAUUAAUUAGGUUAUAAUAGUUAUUUCUAAGAUUGGAAAGAAGUUGAAAACCUAUGUGCAUCUUUCUUUUCCGGCAUCAGCCAUUUUUCUCCUUAAGAAACCUGCUUAACUUCAGAUUCAGAAGCAAUGAUGUGAGAGGAGAAUGCCUAUCACCUCAGCAGUAACAUGUAUGAACCCUUAAAGAAGGAAAAUGGAGCCCAGCCCCGAUUUGUGACAUCCCAAUAUUCUCAACAUAAGAGUUGUAAGAUUUUAACAGAUUUUACUAGAAGUAACUUGUUGCUUUGUGGUAUCCUUCUACCAUGAUUUAACCAAAGUACAAUCAUGAUAACUAGAGAAAGCAGUUCAUCCUUUCUUAACUAAGGCAAGUUAAGAAUAGAAAAAAGUAGCCUAUUACUGAGCAUACAGGCAUCAGAUUAACAGACAUUUAGUUGAAGAGAAAUAAAAUAAUUGUGGAGAUAGCAGAGAAGAGCAAAAGGAUGUUGGACCUUGGCAGCAGGGCAGUUAGGAAAGUAUAUGAGCUUGAUGGCAUGGAGGUGACAAUGCCUUGCUGUCUCUCCUUUCAGUGGUUAUACAGCUGGUAAGAGACCUGCCUUUGUUUUCCUACCAUCUUUCUCCACUACUUUGCUUUAUUCAGGAAAUAGUUCUUUAUGCCCAAGUGCAAUUUUCUAAGCAAUGACUAGAAAAAUUUCUUAGUCUAAGAAAAGUAAUUUAGAAAAUAACUCUAUCUAUGGCAUUAUUUUAUUCAAAAACUUAGGUUUCUCUGAAGUGAUUGCACUUUAUUUGGUAAACCAAUUUCAGAUUAUUGUUUUCUAUAAUAGUUUGCAUGAAAUUUUCUAGCUCAAAAAAAUAAGUACUUCUUGCUAUACAACAUUGAAAUUUUUUAAAUUAAGAUAGCUUCUCAGAUUGAAAAAAGCUAUGCCGAAUCUAAGGCUUUCUCAACUACAAAAUCACCAUACUUUUAACAAAUCUAAUUUUAAAAGCCAACAAUAAAUAAGAUCAAUGUCACUAGGUUAAGACAGUAAAAGUUCUAGUAGAACUUCAGGAAAAGUUAGGUAAAGAGGAGUAAAUCAAAUUUAUGAGCUUAAUUCAUUUUAUGACACAUCUAACUUUUAUUUCUUGCUUUGGAUGAUUAGCUGAAGCAAGGAAAAUUAAAGAGAUUUUGUAAAUUACUUAAACAUACUUCAUUUCUGUAUUUCAGUAUCAGUCUUGAUAGUAAAUCUUAAAAGCUAACUCUCUGCAUUGUAUUUUCAGCCUAUACAAUGUCAGAGCACAGUGGUAAUGUGGGAUAGAGUUGAUUAUGUUAGAGCAUAAGAAAUUUGUGCUGGCCAAUGCUACAAACCAUUAAUUCAACCAGCAUUAAGCCACACUACUCACCAAAUAUGGAAAAGUAAAAGCAUUUCAUUAGAUUUGGAAGAGCUUAGUUUAAAUGAUAUGAGAAGUUUGCCUGGGAAUGGAGAGGAGCCUGCUGAUGGGAAUGGCUCAUAAUGCCUUUCUGGUAUGAAUUAGCGAAGCUCUGAUAUUGAGUUGCCCCUUAAAAACAACCUUCCAGAAUGAAUUUACUUACUCACUGUGGAAGAGGAAGUCAGAGGGACAAGAUGAGAGUUUCCCCUGAAGAGAAGAAAAUCAUUAUACUGCUUUUCAUCUAAAGCAUGUUUCCUUGUAGCAGACCUUUGGUUUAUUUUAUUAUUAAAUCAAAGCCACCUUCAGUUUUGUUUGUUUGUUUUUGGUUUUGUUUUUUUAUGGUGCCAUCAACCUAAGGAGGACAAUCAAAUAACCAACUGUUUGCCUUGGAUUCGGUGUGUCUGCUAAUUACACAGUCUCAUCUUGUAUACCUUCAAACCAGUUACUUCUACCAUAUUACCUUAGUUCUUCCUAUGCCCUUUCCUCUGUACCACCACACAUCAGAGGGAAGACUUACUACCAGAAAGAUGUGGACUUCUAAAAAAGAGCGAGGAUUCCAUCUCACUAUCCCUGUAUCAUUAUCUCUGAAGUCCCUACCCACACUUCCCUGAUUGUCCUGUAGCAACACCAGCGUGAUGGUAAUAGGGAGGAAGAUUGUGGGGACUCCUGAAUGAUCAUGAUGUUGUUAUUCUUUUGAACUGUAAAGUGAAAUUGUGAGCCACUCACGUUUGCAAAAAGAGCAGAACUCUUAAGCUUUAUCACAUUGUGAAGAUGAAUAUCUUGCUGUUUUCCAGAUUAACACAGAAGCUUGUAUCCAUGAAGAGUAUUUAGGAGGGCAAUAGGGUGUAAAAGGUACCUGUCUUUUUGAAUCCUCUCCCUCUACUCAUGUUUCCUUCACCCCCCGCCCCACCAUGUUGUGUUGGUCAAAUGAUACUAUUCUAUGAAACUCUGAACUAUAGUUGUCAAAAGUAACUAUGGAAUGUGAUUAGUCCUCUGUGGGUGCUGCUUUCCCUCUUUUUUCUCCCUUGCUUUCUUUCUUACUCUCUCCACUCUGGUAAAUGGAAAAGGUGACGUCAAAGAAUUGAUGCUUGCUUGGACUCAUGUUGUAUCUGUGACUAUGCUAUUACCUGUCUCCUUUUUCCUUCUUUCUUACAUGGGUAGAAUUCUUACGAAGUGUGGAGUUCCCUUCUUGAAAGUAGGUUAAAUGCACAAUGUGGUACUGUUUUAUAGUUUGUAGAUGGUUGUAUAAAACAAAAAGUUAAUGCGGUUAUGUGUUUUUAAAAGAAAACAAGUGAUUGGUUAAAAAAACUCUGUCCUUUUUUCAUUAUUACAAGCUUUCUCUGUUUUCCAACAGUUUGCUGACUCCUUUGUCACUGGCGAAUGGUUUGUGUGACUGUCUGUUUUUCUCUCUGGGUUUCUUGGAUCCUGAACAUGAUUCCUCUUAGGACUAACUUGUAUAAGCGUUUAGGGCAAACAGACUUCGAGGCUGGACAUUUUUUUUAGCUCUUUUACUAAAUGGAAAAAUAAUCUUAAAUGGCCCUUUUUCUUUAUGUAAUAUAUGAAGUGUGACUCUAAAGCAAUGGAUUGAUGCAACAGGUCUUUUUUUAACUCACACAAAGAAUCUCAAAUACCAGGUGAAAUGACUUGUUCAGUUGUAUCUUGGUGAUCCGGACACCUGUUAUCACUGCAUACCCAGACCCUGUAUGGGAACAUAGAAUUUUCUGUGGAAUUCCUGGAUCAGUUAUUACUCCUUAUAUCUCUAGGAAAAGUUAUGAAACUAACUGACCCUAGGAUGAGUAUACUCAAAAUGGAAAGAGAAAAAUAUUUUAUUGACUAAGCCAAAAAGCCUUUUCAUUUUAUUUUAAUAUCACAAGUUCUAUUCUUACUAUGUUUCUAUCUCGGCUAAUAUGAUAAUGUGCAGUUACCAGGUUAAAGUCAAGAUAAGCUGUGAGGGACUUCCCUGGUGGUGCAGUGGUUAAGACUACGCCUGCCAAUGCAGGGGACAUGGGUUCGAUCCCUGGUCCAGGAAGAUCCCACAUGCCACGGAGCAACUAAGCCCGUGCUCCACAGCUACUGAUCCUGCGCUCUAGAGCCCGCGAGCCACAACUACUGAGCCCGCGUGCUGCAACUACUGAAGCCCGCGUUCCUAGAGCCCUGCUCCGCAACAAAAGAAGCCACUGCAAUGAGAAGCCCAUGCACCGCAACUAAGAGUAGCCCCCACUUGCUGCAACUAGAGAAACCCAGUGCGCAGCAACGAAGACCCAAUGCAGACAAAAAAAUUUUUUUUAAUAAUUAAAUUUUUUAAAAAAGAUAAGCUGUGAAUAUAUAUGAAUCACUGGAUACUCAACACCCCUUUCUAUAAUCUGAUGAUAAUAAUACAUGCUCAACAUUUGUAUGCCUAUAGGCAUAUAAAUACACUAUACUAUUUUACAUUUUCCAAACGUAUUCAGUAGCAUCUCAGAUAUGUGGGUUAACAAGUCAUCUGAGUUUGUAAAUGAGGAGACAAAGACCUAAAGCAGCUGGGUCUGUAAUCCCAGAUGAUUUGAGGAGGCCACUCUCUUCUAUCCAUCUUAGACACAUCCAGAAUCCUUGGACUUUAUUUAGUGACCUA